AUGUCCAACGGCUACCCUGCUUCGCCCGUCGCCUAUGAUACCCACGCUGAUCGCGAAGUGGUAACUCAGCGCGAACGCAGCCCCUCCGAACCCAUGGAAUCCCAUCCCGUCUCCGAGUCCUCCCCCGAGCCCGAUGCCGCGGACGACUCAUAUGACGGCGCAUCUGCUGAUUCAGACGCGGAAGAUGAUGCGGCGGCAGACAACAGCGAGGAUGAUGCCAAUUCCUACAGCCGUGAAAACUCUUCAUCUCCUCAUCCCGACCGCGGUUCCAAGCGGAUAUCGUCACCACAGAGUGAGACCGAUCUGAUAAGACAAAAUCCCGAUUUGUACGGACUUCGUCGAAGUGGUCGUGCUCGUACUACGCGCAAUGUCGCCGACUCAUCUGAUUCAGAUUCCGACGUUGUUGCGCCGCGUGCAAAGCGUCGGCGCAACGAAGCCUCUCACCAACCCUCCAAAGCCUCCCGAUCCGUCACAGUGUCGUCGCUCUCGGAAACAGACAGUGAUGAGUACGGCGGAAAAAGGGCCCGUGCUAGCAAGGCCAGAAGGCGACGUCUCCACCAAGAUGACAGCAAUGAACCUUCAUUAAACGAGGUUCGCUUCUCAACCCGAACCGCUAAAAAGGUCUCAAACUAUAACGAAGACGAUGGCGAAGACGAGGCCAUGUUUGAAGCAGACCCCGAAGACCUUCCACCCAACUACUGGGCGGAAAGCUACGCGGAGGAUAACCGGCCUGCUGUCGACGUCGUUCUCAACCACCGCCUCAAGGAGGGCGUCGACCCUAAAUCCCAUGAGCUCGAUCGCAACGACUUUGAAUUUUGUAUCAAGUGGCAGGACAAAUCACAUUACCAUGCCACAUGGGAAAGCAACGAAGAUAUGCCGAACUUCCGUAGCACGCGACGUGUGGACAACUACGUUCGGAAAGUGCUCAACGAAGAUAUUCGGUUGCAAUAUGAUGGCGACGCUCCUCCAGAGGACCGUGAAAAAUGGAACCUUGAUCGUGAACGAGACGUCGAGGCCAUUGAAGACUACAAAAUGGUUGAGAGGGUCAUUGGUGUGCGUGAUGGUGAAGAUGGCACCACGGAAUACCUUGUCAAAUGGAAACGUCUGCUCUAUGACUCCUGUACUUGGGAGCCCGAGGACCUGAUCAGUGAGAUUGCGCAACCUGAGAUCGACCGGUUCCUGGACCGCACCGCUCGUCAGCCUUUCUCCGACAAGAACGAGACAACUAUCCCCACACGUAAACCCUUUGAGCCCAUCCACGGCGGUACGCCCAGCUUUUUGCAAAAUGGAGAGCUUAAGGAUUUUCAAAUCAAAGGCCUCAACUUCCUAGCCUUUAACUGGGUCAGGGGGCGAAAUGUCGUCUUGGCCGAUGAAAUGGGUCUGGGUAAGACCGUCCAGACGGUCUCAUUUAUCAACUGGAUGCGCCAUGUCCGACGGCAGCAAGGACCUUUCAUCGUCAUCGUACCCUUAUCCACCAUGCCGGCUUGGGCUGACACAUUUGAUCACUGGACACCCGACCUCAACUAUGUUGUAUACAACGGUAGCGAAAAGGCGCGUUCCGUCCUCCGCGACUAUGAACUGAUGGUCGAUGGAAACCCCAAACGACCCAAAUUCCAUGUCUUGUUGACUACUUACGAAUAUGCAAUGAAUGAUUCACCUUUCCUCGGUCAAUUCAAGUGGCAGUUCAUGGCCGUUGAUGAAGCACAUCGUCUCAAGAACCGUGAUUCGCAACUUUACAUAAAGCUGUUCGAAUGGAAGUGUCAGGCUCGUCUUUUGAUUACUGGUACACCAAUUCAGAACAACCUCGCUGAGCUAUCCGCUUUGAUGGACUUUUUGAACCCUGGUCUUAUUGAAGUUGAUGUUGACAUGGAUUUGAAUUCCGAGGCAGCAUCGCAAAAGCUCGCCGAGUUGACAGACGCUAUCCAACCUUACAUGCUGCGGCGUACCAAGUCUAAGGUCGAGUCUGACCUUCCUCCCAAGACUGAAAAGAUCAUUCGAGUGGAGCUUUCCGAUGUGCAACUGGAAUACUACAAAAACAUCUUGACAAAAAAUUAUGCAGCGUUGAACGACGGGAACAAGGGAAUGAAACAGUCUCUUUUGAACAUCAUGAUGGAGUUGAAAAAGGCGAGCAACCAUCCAUUUAUGUUCCCCAACGCAGAAGCAAAGAUUUUGGAAGGCAGUAGUCGCCGAGAAGAUAUCCUUCGUGCCAUGAUCACUAGUAGUGGAAAGAUGAUGCUCCUUGACCAGCUCCUUCGCAAGUUAAGCGUUGAUGGCCAUCGUGUCUUGAUCUUCUGCCAAAUGGUUGGUAUGCUCAACAUUUUGAGUGAGUACAUGGAGUACCGUGGUUACAAAUACCAACGGCUUGAUGGAACUAUCCCAUCUGCUGCUCGUCGGUUGGCAAUUGAGCACUACAAUGCUCCUGGUAGUACCGACUUUGCGUUCCUUCUCUCAACUCGUGCAGGUGGUCUUGGUAUCAACCUUAUGACCGCAGACACUGUUGUGUUGUUUGAUUCUGAUUGGAACCCCCAGGCUGAUCUGCAAGCCAUGGCACGAGCCCAUCGUAUCGGUCAGACCAGACCUGUCAGUGUCUACCGCCUUGUCUCAAAAGAUACCAUCGAAGAAGAAGUCAUUGAACGAGCUCGCAACAAGCUUUUGCUCGAGUUCAUCACUAUUCAACGCGGUGUCACGGACAAGGAGGCCACGGAUAUGCAGAACAAGAUGGCUCGCGUGGUUGCGGAGCCUAAUUCCACAGACGAUAUCUCUCGGAUCCUCAAGCGCCGUGGCCAGAAGAUGUUUGAACAAACAGAUAACCAGAAGAAGCUGGAGCAGCUUGAUAUCGACUCUGUUCUUGCGAACGCAGAACUGCACCAGACCGAAGAGGCAGAGCAAAUCCAAGCCGAUGGUGGUGAAGAGUUCUUGAAAGCGUUUGACUUCGUUGAUAUUAAAGUCGAUGAUCUCACCUGGGACGACAUUAUUCCCAAGGAACAGUUGGAGGAAAUCAAGGCCGAAGAAAAGCGCAAGGAUGAUGAUCAUUACCUUGCUGAGGUCAUUGAGCAAAAUCGACCUCGUAAGCGUCAUGCACCCACAGAUACCCCGGAUUCACGAGAGGAACGCAAGGCGAAGCGUCUCGCAAGGGCUCAAGUCCAAAUCGACGAUGGUGAAGAUGAAAGUCCUUCUUUGGAUCCUAAACGUCCCCUUGGAGAGAAAGAAUACCGUGCACUCUCUCGUGCUUUCCUUCGCUUUGGAGAUAUGGAUGACUCCGAGGACCUCAUUCUUGAAGACGCUCGAUUGCAAACUCGGGAUCGGGCUACCGUUCGUGCCGCUCUUCGUGAAAUUACCGACAAAGCCAAUGCGCUUGUGCAAGCCAGCCUGGAUCAAUUGGACGCCUUGAAACAAGCGGGCAAAAACCCAACUAAAAAGGAACAAAAGGCCGUCUUGUUUGACCACCACGGCGUCAAGCGACUGAAUGCAUGGACUAUUGUAGAGCGCCCCCCUGACAUGCGCUUGAUCCGGAGUAUCACUAGCUCCUUGCCUGAUUUUAGGACAUUUCGUCUUCCCGAGGCUACCAAGCUGGCAGAUUACAGUUGUCAGUGGGGUGCACGUGAAGACGGAAUGCUGCUCGUCGGUAUCGCACGCCACGGAUUUGGUGCGUGGACUCAGAUUCGCGACGACACUGAGCUUGGUCUUGGCGACAAGUUCUUCCUCGAAGAGCACCGAGUAGAGCGUAAGACGCAGCGCCUGCAGACCGAGGAGAAGGCAACUAAGUCACCCGGUGCUGUCCACCUUGUUAGGCGAGCUGAAUAUCUCAUGUCAGUAUUGAGAAACAAGUACAACAAUAAUGCCACCGCGAGGAGGGCCGUUGACAACCAUCACCGCAAUAACAAGCGAAACUCGCGCCUGUCCGGCAGCGGCAGUGUCUCUGCCUCGCCGGCGCCCUCAAGUUCUCGCAGGCCUGAGAAUCCUCGCAAGGGUCACCGCGAAUCUGACCGUCCACGGCCACGGCCGCAUGGCGGCCGGGAAGGUGAUCGUCACCAUACUCCAAGCCAUGAAUCUCGUCCGAGAUCCGGUAUGGAUAUCGACCGCCCUCGUCACCGCCUUUCCGAUGCCUCGAACGACGAGCUCCGUCGGCGUAGAGGGCACGAAAACGGUGGGUCGAACAAGGAGGAUAUGGCCUUCAUGUUUUUCAAGCCUGUUGUUGGUACCCUCAAGCAAGUGUCAAUGAUCACCGCCAAGAAUUACCCAAAUAAGAAUGAGAGGGCUCAAAAGCUCCGCCUCACUCUUGUGAAGAUUGGUGAAUUCAUUGGCACUACUCUGGAGGGCUCGCAAUCGAUGCCCUCCUUGGAGCUCCGCUUAUGGGAUCAUGUUUCGCUCAAUUACUGGCCCAACAAGGACGCAAGUGGAGCCAAGCUCCAGCUGAUGUUCAACAAGGUCAUGGAGGCAAGUAAAGCGAAGCCCUCCAAUGGCACAUCGACUUGA